AAUGGCCGAUGUUGUGAUAGUGUUCAGUGAGAACAGUUCGAUGCAUUAAUUAAUACAUUAUUUUCUUUAUUUUCCCCCAAAUUUGAAUUUUUUUUUGUAAAAGAAAAGUAAUCAUGGAAGGGGAUGUCUUGGGUGUAAGAGUAAACCCUCAAGUAAUUCAAUUCUUCAACACAAAGCCUCGCACCUGCGCUGAAAUAAACCUAACAGUAAGAAAUGUCAGCAGCUCUAGUAAAAGUAUUCGACUGUAUGGACCGAAAUUAGAACUCAGAAAGGUUACAGGAGGUCCUUUUAAUAAAGACUCAUGUUUUGCAUUGAAAGUAAAAAACCCAGAAGAGCCAGUAGCCCCAGGUUUAUCUGUGACAGCAGUUGUGCUAUGUGAAUCUUCAAUUGAAAGAGAAGAAAAGGACAGAAUCAUCAUCUCAGUGGAUGGCAAUAUUUUAGAAGUCCCAAUAUAUUCUUAUCCUAGUCAACCAGUGUUGGACAUUGAUAAGGAAGUUGAUUUCGGUACAGUGGUCACCAACAGCAAAGUGGUAGCCAGGGAGAUAACCGUGACAAAUACUGGCUCAAAACCUGGUCGAUUUGAACUGAAAUACAGUGGAUAUCAUCCAAUCGCGAUAGUUCCCAAUCAAGGUCUGGUGCCAGCUAACAGUGAAACCAAAAUAAAGAUUGAGUAUGUCACCAAGAACUCAGGGAAAUUUAAUGAAGAAGCUGAAGUAUUUAUGGAUGGCCGAGACCCUCUAAAAUUGUUGAUCCGGGGAAAUGUAAUUGAGAGAUCUCUAGAGCUGCUUUCUUUAGUAGACAAUACCACAAAAGUCACUUGUAUUCGAUUUGGUAACACAUACUAUGGCACAGACUUGACAGAGUGUGCUCUCCUGUUUAACAAUGGUCCUGAGCCAGUCAGUUUUGUGGCAGUCUUAGAUGAGAAUGCAGUUGCUCAGGAACUGGGAGUAGAUUUCACCCAAACCACAGCUGCCUCACUGGCUGUUGAAAAAGACCCAUCACAAAAGAAUGGACAUACAAAUGAAAUCAUCUCCUUGGUGACUGCUAUUCCAAACCAAGGUGUUCUCAAACCUUACCAAAAAGUGCCCAUAUUUUUCAAAUUUAGUCCAAGAUGGCACUACUCAAAACAAGGUUGGAAGAAUAGCAUCUGCCCUCCUCCUAGGAAGGAUUUUGCCCUUUACAUGAGAUUGCAGAUUAUUGGAGCCAGCAGUGGCUUUAGCAGUGACCAGAAUGCAAAUGCACCAGGAUCCCAUUUAGAAGUUGCUUUAACUGGCACAGCAUUGCCAGUACUGAUGAACAUAUCUCCUUCUGUCAAGUAUGAUUUUGGAGAGUGUCCUGUUGGUGAGCAUGCUGAUGUCUUGUGCACGAUCAGAAAUGAAUCCAAAUUUCUUCCAGCUUUAUUUGAAUUCAGGCGUGUUGCUCAUUUUUCGUCGCACCCUCCUAAUGGGAAAAUUUUUCCCGGACAAACUCAAGAUGUCAUCAUCUCCUUCGCACCUAAAAAAGUUGGUACUUUUAAACCUGACCUCUGUCUUGAUGUGAUUGGUGAAGUGGCUGACAAGAGUCAUCCUGCCAACUCCCAUGCUGAGGUCAUCUACACACUGCCCAUCAAACUGCAUGGUACUAGUGACCCAGUGACCACCGUACCCAAACCAAAGUUUAAUCCAGGCAUCACACCGCUGAUCACUAAUGAAGUUGGACUCAAUAUCAAUACCACAUUUAAGAAUCUCAAUGAUAACCAGCCCAGGAUGGCGAUGAAUGGUGCUAAGAAGACCAAGUUGCAUCAUCUUGUCAACAGAAACACAAAGUCUGCUGAUCAUAUGAAGGAAACUGAUUCUAAAGUGGCUUUCCCCAAUGACAGAGCUCAGAGCAUUCGUCCUUUUGACAGGAAAGAAAAAUAUCAAACUUUGUUCACCAGAACAGAUCGUUACAACUACAUUGAUUCUGACUAUUCUUAUGAUGAUCUAGAAAUAGAAAAGAAGAAGAAGCAUGAUGAAGCCUACUCUCAGACACUCUAUGAACAGAAAGAGAAAUGGAUUGCUAAACAGAAAAUGAAAGAGUUUCUUGAAACCAAUAAUCCAAUAGACAUUGGAUUGAAAAGUGCUUCAGGAAUAAAACCCAAAAAGUUAAAACAGGAUGAGAUCAAAACUGAUCCCCCAGCUCUGGAAGCACCUAAUUCUCAAUGGAAACUUCUUAGUACCAAAGAAUUGGCUGCACUAGAGUCGGAAGCAACAUCCAAACCUGUUUGUGAAGGCCUCAAUGCUAUACCAACAACUGAUGUAGAAAAGAAAGAAUGUUCCUGGAGGUUAACACCACAACAGUUACAUCAGAUAAUAGUGGGUCCUCCAGUUAUUGACUUUGGCAAAGUGUGUGUAGGCUCUGUGUGUCAUCAAGAACUGAACAUUGUCAAUAACUUGGACCAAUAUAUCCAUGUUGUGGCUGAGAUUGACUGUACAGAACUAAGACAAAGUUGUCCUUUAUCUCAAGUUGUCCCCCCUCAUUCUAAGGCAGUAAUUCCAGUCAUUUUUGAAUCUAGAACAAAAGGAAAAUUUCAAAGGUCAGUGCUGUAUACAGUGAAUGGCUUUUUCAAGCAUCACGUGACUGUGCUAGCAGAAGUUUGCCAAAUAGCAUUGGAAUUAUCUACCAAUAAGAUUGUCUUGAAACCACAGCAUGGAAUGCCUGCUGAGGCUGGUUAUCGUGGAGUCAUUACACUCUACAAUCGAUUAAACUAUCCAGCUGAGUUCACCUGGUUACCAAACUUGACAGAGAAAGGGACAGCAUUCUCCAUUCGACCCGCUUCAGGAGUUGUAGAUCCUGAAUCAGACUUGGAUUGUGAGAUUGUCUGGCAUUCUUCCUACAGUGCACCUGAAGAGGGCUCCUUCACACUCUCUGUCAAUGGUGGAGACUCUUCUAAUCUUGUUUGCAAAGCAGAACUUGGCACCACCAAUGUUUAUUUCCUUGACCAGCGUAUUUCUUUUGGAAUAGUGCCAGUCAAUUUGACUUCAGUGGGUGUAGGAAUACUGCACAAUGCUGGAAAUAAUCACGCCUACUUUCAGAUUUCAGACCCCAAUCCAUUGCCUGGCCUGUCUGUGAGUCCAGUUCAAGGUGUCGUUCCGGUUGGAGGCAGUGCAGAGAUUCAUGUGGCCUUGAAUUCCGACUCCAUCCUCAAAUUUGACACAAAGAUUCACAUCUCGAUCAAAGGAGGGAAAUCUCUUGAGCUUAGGAUAGGAGGAAGUGUUGAAGCACCCGUCAUUAACUUCGAUGUGUCAGCUUUUAGUUUUGGAGGAGUAUAUUGUGGGUCAACUGCAGUAAUGCCCUUCCAACUAUAUAACAAGUCCAACAUAAAAUGCAAAGUGGAGUUGGACUUUACUAGAUACAAGGAUUUUGCUAUUUCAUUUCCUGGAUUCCAAACUGAAGAGGAUACCAAUUUUCAUUUACUGAACCCUGAUAUGUACAGUGUGACUCUGGACCCACUGGAGACUAUUGAUGGGGAGAUGACAUUUACACCAACACAGGUGGCUGCGUAUGAUUUUGUACUGCCACUGACUAUAAACCAAUUGAACUCUAGGCCUGGGUCAACACCUUGUUCCAGCUCAAGUUAUCGUAAAUCUUCAAAACCUGGAAGCGUGUCAUCAACAGUUCACAUCAUCCAACCGAAGCCAGUGCAGCCCUGUGUUGACAUCCCCUGCAGACAUGUCAUAGCCACAGCCUUGAGGCAACCUUUAAAACUAAGUGCCACCUGGGUGGAGUUCUUACUUCCCUUGAACUUCUUGGCUAUGCCAAACACUUUGUCAGCAGAAACAACAAAGACCCUUGUAAUUACCAACAAAGGUCAUGAGAAGAUGACCUGGGGCCUUGACCUGAGCCAGCCCAACAAACAUCUGGACAAUGGGACAUUCAAAUUUCUUCAUGAGAGAGGAAUCCCUUUCAUCACUCAAGGGGAGACCAGAGGCAUUGAGGGUCAGAUAGGACCAGGCCAGUCUAAGAUAAUACUAAUUAACUUUUCACCAGACUCACCAGGACGCUAUGAAGUUAAGAUUCCUGUAGUUAUCAAUUCUAAUUGGGCCAAACCAUUCCAGUUUUUGGAGCUUUUUGGUCAACUGGAAUCUCCCAAGGUCUGGUUUAACCUUCCGAGAAUUGAGCUGAUACCAGUGCCUUUAUCAACAGAAACAUACAUGGAUUUCUUAGUCUGUGGCAAUAAUUAUAGAAAGAAAAACUCACUAACAGUGACAUGUCCAGAGAUACUGUGGGAUGACACUAUUACUAUUUCACCAUUGACUGUCACCUUCCCCCAAGGCUCAGAAAUAAAGCCUUGCGAUGGCUCCAAACCAGAAGGUGAACCAUGGGAAAUGCCUUGCAGAGUCACAUUUAUCAGCUCCAAGCCUGUGUCUUUUUGCCAGUCAAUUGUAUUUUUUGAUCAAGAAGGCCAAAAAUUCUCUCUGCCAAUAUUUGCUACAGCAGACAAUUGCAUCCUGACAUGUUUCUACUUCCUGGAGUCACAUCGUGUAGAUCAUCAGAUUGUUUGUGAAGAAGGGACUCAUCCUAAAGGGAGAAAAGCACUUCAGAAAGUUAAUUAUGACUCCCCAAAUUCUGGAAGUUCAGGGGAAGCUUUACUUGUGCCAUGUGUAGCUCGUAACAACAGCAGACCCAGCACUAGUGCCACAAGUUCCAAUUUCCAGAUCUCAUCCUCAAACUAUGAGAGUUCUACAUCCGUCACAGACUCAUCCAUCUCAGGGACUCCCAGAUAUCGUGAUGGAGCCACCAACAGACCACCAAUGAGCAAAGAAACUAGUGCCCUUCAGCUCCACUUUGACCGAGCGUACUUAACCAGAGACCUAGAAGGUGGGGAAGGUGGAGAAUAUAUCGCAGGAGUUCUAUCAGCCACUCAGAGAUGGUUUUCCUCACAAGGAUGGCCUGGUGGACCUUAUCCCAUGUCCAUUCCUGAAACAUUGAGAUCGUCAAUUAGUAAAAAGAUUGCAACAGAUACGUCUGUUAUCAAAGAAGAGACAGUCAGUAAAGUCCCUAUUAGAGGCAGCAAAAAACAAAAAGCCAAGACAGGUUUCAACAAAAUGGCCAAGACUAUCUACGACAUGAUCAGCUUCCUUAGUGGCCGUCCCGUCCCAGGCAUCCCCAUCAACUCACCACUUCCUGCAGACCCACUGGAACGAGUCAAGCAGAUUUACUGGCAGCACUGUACUCUGUUAACUUUCUUAAGAUGCCAGGGAGCUUCUGUUGCUUCCAUCGACCCAGAAUUUCUGAUGGCACCUGCUGAUUAUCUACUUUGGCGUCAGCUUCAAUUCUCUGUCAAGAAGGAAUUGCUCCGGCAAGGCAAUGACAAAGAGGCAGAGACAGUGAAAAUACUUUAUGAAGUUGAUGAAGAGAACUUUGAGUUUAUCUCUCAGAGGAUGUGGCUGGAUGUCUUGCUGCAAAUUCUCAAAGUUCUAGUGUUAGCGAAAGUCACUCCCAAGACACUGAAGGCUUUGUCCACACCAUACAAAGACAUAUCCAUGCCAAUAGUGAACCCUGACCCUUUGGCCAGCAAUAUCUAUGGUGUGCCAGAGCGAAUACUGCUGGCCUGGAUGAAUCAUUACUAUGAGACUUACAGGGCUCAAAUUUGGCAGGACUGCACCAAAGGUGGUGUACCUCCAGCACGUUGGAUUGUCAACUUUGACUAUGACCUAAUGGAUGGCUUAGUUCUGGGGGCAGUACUCGGAGCACACCUGCCAUUCUUGAUUGAGAGCCACUUAAAAUUCAUGUACACCCACCCAGUCUCUGCAGAACAAUGUUUACAUAAUGCACUCAAAGUCAUCAGUGGGAUGAGAUUAGCUGAUAUUGAUUAUGACAUUCAGGCCAUUGAUAUCACUGACCCUAAUCCGAUAGCCAUGCUCUUGCUUCUGGUCAACUUGUAUCAUCGGCUUCCUCAUUAUGUACCAAAGGCAACAAUAGAAUUUGUAGGAGAUCUGCACACUACAGUUUCAAGACAGGUCAAAGUUAACAACUCUAGUGUCAAAAGUCUGGUCUACCAUGUCUUGUUAGCUGGCCCCGAUGCCAGAGACUUCAAUGUCCAGAAAGGCAACCUAGUGACUGUGUCCCCCAAGUCCACCUUGACCCUGACAGUGGAUUUCAAGAGCAGGUUUAUGCGCCAUGCUGAUGCCCUGCUGAUUCUUGUGGGCAGGCGCUACGGGGCUACCAUGGGGAACACACUCAGUUUUAAACUGACCACAGAUAUUGAUGUGGUGAAGGCUAAAGUUGUAGUCAAAGUGGAAUCACCUUGUUAUGAGAUGAAAAAAUUUACAAUAGAUGUGGUCAAUCCAUUUCAUGAAGCAGGAGAGUUCCUCAUUGCUCUUGUUGAGUCUUCCAGCGCAGUCGAGAGUUUUCAUGAAAAUAACAUGGCAACAUCAAAAGAAAAACCUGGUAAAAGUACAGCACAGAAGAAACCAGGAGACCAAUUGUCAGACGCUAUCCCCCUGCAAGUAUUGUCAUCAAACAUAGAGGCUUCAAAUCAGAAAACAUCUCAGAUCCCAAAGCUGAAAGCUUUCUUCCUGUCGAGUACUUCAAUUUACUUGGAGGCUCAAGGGAGUGUGGAGUUAGAAGUGUGUUACUUGCCUUUCACUGUUGAAGAGCGCCAGUGCUCAAUCAUUUUUGUGAAUGAUCAGAUUGGAGAGUUCCUGUACUCUAUAGAAGGAACAGCUCUCCAGCCUUUACCGUCUUACCUCCCUUACGUCCCCAGCAAAAACAGUGUUAGGAUCAGCAGUGCAGCCGCAGCAGGGACAGGGCGUGGCAUGUUUGGUGGAGAUGAUGCAAUCAUUUAUUGGAAAUGUGAAGCUGGAAUUACUCUGAAGGAAGUGUUGAAGAUUCCCAUCACCAACGCAGCUAGGGAGAGAGCACUCAUGCUGGCUUCUCAGCAGCACAUGAGUGACCUAGAAAUCCAACGCAGGGCUGUUGCAGGGACACUUUCUACCUGCAGCGUGAAGGCCAACACCAUCAAACACAUAUCUAACAAUCCAGAUGCAUUUGUCUCCCUUGCCAAGAGUAUUGGCCCAGUGGCUGAUGUCUUCAGAGUGGAAAUAGAUUCUGAUUUUUUUAAAGUCCCUAACAUACUGGUCAUGCCUGCGUCUAAAGAUGGUCAAGGAAAGUGUCUACCAAACAUUGGGGAUAAAGCUGAUGUAGAUGAAGAAAAAUUUGCACUUCUACCCAUUGAGUUCAGGGCACGAGAGGCUGGACACUAUUCAACUACUAUCACACUGAAGUCCUUUGAUGAUAUAAGAGUCUACCGCAUUGAGUGCACUGUAGUAAAAGAAAGCAACAUAGCAGAACUAGAAUUUAGCUCCCCAGUCCAUCAAGUAGUCAGUCAGGACAUCCCUAUUGUCAACAUGACUGACACAGACUGGAAUCUCAAGGCCACUAUUACAGGAAAUGGCUUCUCUGGACCCUCUGAGCUCCUGGCCAAGGCUUACACAACAUCUUACUAUCCCCUGAAGUUUAGACCAAUGAAAGAAGGGGAAGUCAAUGGUAGCUUGGUUCUUACCAAUCAGAUGGAUGGAACAGACCAGACAUUUAUUAUCAAUGGUAUUGGACUGCGACCACUAGCACUAGACCACAUCAAGCUCAUUUGUGCUGCUAAGGCCAGCAUUGCUCACUCAGUGAAUGUCCCGAAUGUAACCAAGAAAAAGUUAACUUACAAAGUCGAGUCUGAUCUGCCAUUCAUCUCUGGGCCACAACACAUUACAGCCUUACCCAACCAAACCUGUUUGUACACGUUCAAUGCCAGCCCCAAAAAGAGGGGAACAUACAAAGGUGUCCUGGUUUUCACUGCCAGAACUAACAUUGACAAAGAUGUAGACAGUGAUGGAGAAGAGUACAGUCAUGAAACAGAUAACGCAGACUAUCUAGGCUACAGAUUGUGGUAUGCUCUUAGUGUGGACGUGAAACCCUCCUUGCCAGAGAGGACUAUCAACAUUACAUGUGCUUGCCAGAAAAAAACUGUUAUGGAGGUUAUUGUUCGUAACCCAACACCUCAAGAGCUGACAUUAGCUGCGACCAUCACAGGCUAUGAUUUAAGUGGACCUCCAUCUAUAACCUUACAACCUGGUGCAAAGGAUGUAUAUGCCUUGACCUUUGCCCCUGCCAUGGUGCAAGAGACCAAAGGGAGUCUUCUCUUUUACAAUGAGACUGUUGGAGAGUUCUGGUAUGAACUCAUUCUGAAAUCUGAUCCACCAGUUCCAAUAACAUUACCUCCCUUGGAAUGUGAACUUGGGAAAUGGACAACACAAAUGAUAAAACUGCAGAAUCCAACCAUGGAAGUGCUGGAACUAAUACCAGUCAUAACAAAUUCAAACAACUUUGCUCUUGAAAGAGACUUAGAGAAGCCAAUCAUUUUGAAAGGGAAGUGCACUAUUGAAGUACCGCUGAGAUUUAUGCCAACUAAUCUGGGUUAUGAAAAUCACAUGAGCAGAAUUAUAUUUCAGUGCCGGCAGCUAAAAGAAUGGAUAUUUAUAGCAUCAGGUUCAGGACUAAUACCUCGGCCACAGCCCCCAGUCAGCGUACACACAGCCACAGGCUCCAACACAACAGUUAUCAUACCAUUCAGAAAUCCAACAGAUGUUCCAGUGAUGGUUGAUGUUUUGCUCACAGAUACUGAACAAGCAUCAGAUAAAUUGUUUGAUGGAAUGCCUGCUCCAGACCCAGCUUUCAAGUUGCUGCUGAAACACAACAGCUCGAUCAUAGUGGAGGCCAAGUCAACUCUUGAAAUCCCCAUCAGCUUUGCACCCACAGAAAUGAUCAACUACAAGGCAUUUUGUACUGUGGCUAUUAGGAGAGAGGAUGGACAGCAAUGGCCAUAUGUGCUGGAAGACACUCUUGGUAACAGGUUAUCCAUUACAACAUCUGGACUAAAUAAAAUUCGAUGGCUUUACCCUAUUGUUGGGAUCCCGGAGCACAAGAUCUCCAAAGAUGCCACAGCAACCCACAUCAUCUGCCAGGCAAGAGACCAGGUGGAACAGAGGAUGGAAGUUGUACUGUCAGGCUGCGCCCCAGGAGCCAAUCAAGCCGUGUCUCUGAGAGCAAAGACACCUAAAGACAAAAAGUCAAAAAGUCCUCAAGGAGUUGUAGUAGGGAAUACUAUGGCAACUGCUAAUGAGUUUAGUUUUGAGCUGGUCUACCCAAACGAUGAAGUGAAAGAGAAAUUGAGCAGUGCUGUGGCUAUCAGCAUCACAAGACAUUACAGAGACCCCAGUUCUGGGCUGGUCACUUUGAUAUUUACUGUUAGAUAUGCACCUAUCAAGAUAAUGGACUACAUUGUUCAGUUCCAUGUUCGUGCAGCUACUGGAGGUCUGUGGAGGUUUCCUCUCAGGUUCUCUGCCCUGGAGCCACCAGUAGAUGACACCGUCAUGGUGGAGGCUACAGGUCUGGGCAAACCUUCUAGCGUUGGCUUCAGGUUGACAUCCAUGCAAAAGGAAGCAACAGAGUUCACUGCAUUCUUUGAGUCUGGCAGUGACCCAGAGUUUACAGUUAGCCCUGAGACUGGAGAAUUAUUGCCUGUAGAUACACCUGGGACAUUGUUUACUGUGAAUUUCUUGCCCACAGUUUAUGGAAAACUUUAUCAUGCGAAACUAGUUGUGCAGACAUCUGACAUGCAGUGGAGUUACAUGAUAAAGGGAGUCUUACCUGAGUACAAGCCUCCCAGGGGCGUAUCUGCACCCCCAAUCUCAGGCCCACACCCAGAGCUGAAAAAGCAGCAUGCCAGGAGGAACUACAUUCGUGAAAACAUGAGACUGAUAGCCACCGCUGUAUCCUCGCCCAUUAAGGGGGCACCCCUCAUGAACAUGACCCACAAGCAACAAAUUUGUGUUUAACAACUUAAGUCUGUAUUCUUGUUUCCUUGAUACAAUUAUUGUUUUAAUAGACAACUAUUUCUUCCUGCUAUUAUUGUCUUCAUUAGUUGUUAUUAAAGUACCAUUUUAUUUUUUAAAUUUUUUUUUUUAGCCAAAAAAUAUUUUUUAAGUUUGGUUGAUAUUCUGCUAAGCACAGCUGCUGACCAGGAAAAAUGGAAGGAUUGGAUGCGCAAACUGUCACAGCACCCCUACGACAGUCAAUGGACAGAUGAGAAAAAAAAUAAGGGUUUAAGGAGUUACUUUGAAAGGCCUAUGAUAUCUUUCAAACUAAACGUAUUCUCUUUCCAGAUUUAUAGUUUUAUAAGUUGAGUUCAACUUUAUACACUUAAAACAAAUAAUUGUCAUGAAAAUAUUUUUGGCAAGCAAGUUAUGAAUUUUUUUGUGAUUUUUCAACAAAUCAAUUAAACUUUCUGUCACAAGAAAUAAUUGAAAUUUGUCAGACAAUUUAAUAUUGAUUACUUUGACCAUAAGUCAGAGCUGAAUAGGAUGUUUCCAAAGCAUUAAGUAUGUAUAUUAAGAAAGCUAUAAAAAAUUGUUUUGUAUUGUUUUUGUAUUCUGAGUCUUUUUUAUAUUAAUUUAAAAAAACAGUAUUGUAAUUUGUAUAUUUACAUUUCAUUAUUUGUCAAUUUACUUUCCAUUGGAAAGUGCUAUACAUGAUUUUGUAAUUUUUUUAAUUAAAAUUAAAAUUCCGCCCAUUAAAUUGUGAUGUAUUAAAAUUCAUUCUACAUUGAGCAUUAAUCUCAAGUGAUAUAUAAAACAUGUCUUAUACAUUUUGAUGUUACAUUUAUAAACCUGUUCAAGUCCACUACUGCUGUGAUACUAUCUAAUAAACAUUUUUUUGUUUUUAAA